AUUGUGUUUAUAGUCAGUCAUUCAAAUUUAGUGUUUUUUCUGAAGGAAAGUAUUGUCAACGUAGAUUCAGUUUUGUUUGAAUCCUGCAGUUUUCUCAUAUGAACUCUUAGGGCCGCUGUUGACCAGAGUGUCGACAACUGGCAGCAUGUUCGUAGCAGAACCUCCCAUGUAACGUCGACAUUAUAAAGAAAGAACACGACGGGAAAGACAGGACGUUCGCGUUAUAUAAAAUAUUUGAGAAGGAUACGUAGACCUUUCAGAUGAAAUUUCACUUUUUUGGAUAAUACAGGUGCUAAAUAAACGCUCGAUAUUGGAAUCUUUGUUUUUAUGGCAUAUAAACACUGAAUCUCACCGAAAAAUAAUCGGAUAGAACAAUGGCCAGGCAAGUACUGUUGUUUGUCUCUGUGCUCUCCGUCAGCUCGGUGCUCGGGCAGGUCAGCUACACGAUUCCGGAGGAAAGGCCCAAAGGAUCUUUAGUGGGUAAUAUUGCACAGGAUUUAGGUUUACAAAUUAAACGUUUGGCUUCAGGUAAGGCUAGAAUUUAUACUCGAGACAGUGACGGGUACAUCGAGCUGAACAGAGAAAGAGGAGUCCUCCUUGUUAAAGAGAGAAUCGACAGAGAGGCGCUCUGCAGACAGACGACGCCUUGUGCUUUACAUUUUCAGAUUAUUCUGGAGAAUCCAAUGGAAUUUUAUAGUGUUACAGUACAGAUCACAGAUAUCAACGAUAAUGCACCAACCUUUGAAAAAACUGCAAUGAAAUUCAAAAUCAGUGAGUCAGCGGUGAUCGGGGCCAAAUUUGUUCUGGAAAGAGCUGUUGAUCUCGAUGUAGGAAUUAAUGAUCUGAAAAGCUACCAAUUAAAACCAACAGGAAAUUUUGCACUGAAGGUGCACAAUAAUGCUGAUGGAAACAAACACGUCGAGAUGGUGCUUCAGAAACCUUUAGACAGAGAGAAACAGGAUCAUAUAUCUCUCGUGUUGACGGCUGUAGAUGGAGGAGAGCCGCAGAUGUCAGGAACGAUGCUGAUCGUCAUCACAGUUUUAGACGCCAAUGAUAAUGCUCCUGUUUUUACACAGCAAACAUACAAAGCUACAGUUACUGAAAAUUCACCAAAAGGAACAGUUGUUGCUACUGUUACAGCCUCAGAUGCAGAUCAGGGUUCUAACAGUAAAAUUGCAUAUUCGAUAACAAACACUAUGGAUGAUAUCAGAAAAGUAUUUAAUAUAAAUGAGGAAAACGGUGAAGUGACUUUAAUUGGAAACAUCGACUUUGAAGAGUCACGAAACUAUCAAAUAAAUCUACUUGCCAGUGAUGAAGGAGGACUCACAGAUUUUUGCAAAUUAAUUGUCGAUGUGCAAGAUAUGAAUGACAACAAGCCGGAAAUUAACAUAAUGUCAAAGUCAACUGUGAUAUCAGAAGAUGCUAAACUCAAUACAGUUGUUACAAUGAUAAACAUUGAAGACAAGGACUCUGGGGAAAAUGGAAAAGUGCAGUGUCUCAUGAGCAAAAAUAUACCUUUUAUUUUAAAAGCAUCAACAAAUAAUUUCUACAGUUUAGUGACAGACAGUGAAUUAGACAGAGAGAGAGCCUCUGAGUAUAACAUCAGUGUGACCUGCUCUGAUGAGGGAGUGCCCUCCCUCUCCAGCAGCGUCACUCUCACCUUACAGAUCUCUGAUGUAAAUGACAACGAGCCUGUCUUUGAGAGGAGCUCAUAUGAGGCCUACAUUGUAGAAAACAACACACCAGGUGUGUCUAUAUUCACAGUGAGAUCCACAGACGCUGACUGGAACCAGAAUGCUCGUGUUUCUUACAUUCUGGAGGACUCCUCAGUGAACGGAGUGCCAGUCUCCUCAUAUGUGUCCGUCAGUGCUGAUAGUGGAGUCAUCCAUGCAGUGCGCUCUUUUGACUACGAGCAGAUCAAAGACUUCCAGUUCCGUGUGAAAGCUCAGGAUGGAGGCUCUCCUCCACUCAGCAGCAAUGUGACAGUGAAAAUGAUGAUCCAGGACCAGAAUGACAACCCUCCUCAGGUUCUGUAUCCAGUCCAGACUGGAGGCUCUGUGGUGGCUGAAAUGGUGCCUCGUUCAGCAGAUGUGGGCUAUCUGGUGACCAAAGUGGUGGCUGUUGAUGUGGACUCUGGACAGAAUGCGUGGUUGUCGUAUAAACUGCAGAAAGCCACAGACAGGGCUCUGUUUGAAGUGGGCUCCCAGAAUGGAGAGAUCCGAACCAUCCGCCAAGUGAGUGUUAAAGAUGCAGUGAAACAGAGACUGAGUGUUAUAGUGGAGGACAACGGGCAGCCCUCUCGUUCAGCUACAGUCAUUGUGAACGUGGCGGUGGCAGACAGCUUCCCUGAAGUUCUGUCGGAGUUCAGUGACUUUCCACAAGACAAGGAGUACAAUGACAACCUGACUUUUUACUUGGUGUUGGCUCUGGCUGUGGUCUCCUUCCUGUUCAUCACGUGUUUGGUGGUUAUUAUCUCAGUGAAAAUCUACAGAUGGAGACAGUCUCGCAUCCUGUAUCAUUCCAACCUGCCUGUGAUUCCAUAUUAUCCUCCACGUUACUCAGACACUUUGGGGACAACAGGGACUCUCCAACACGUGUACAAUUACGAGGUGUGCAGGACGACAGACUCCAGAAAGAGUGACUGUAAGUUCGGCAGAGCUGGUAGUCAGAACGUGUUGAUCAUGGAUCCCAGUUGUUCAGGGACGAUGCAGCGGAUGCAGAGUGAGAAGAGCAUCCUGGAUGAACCAGACUCUCCUCUCGAGGUUUGA